AUGGUCAGUCGACAGCUCUCAUCUAAUUCUCUGGAACACGCUGAACCCGCCUCCUCGGACGAUCCAGACGGCUCUCUUCAACUUCGAAUCGCUGCUGCUCGUGAUCCUGCUCAUCAUCUGCACGUGCACCUACGUACGAGCGAGCGCGCCUGGCUUGGUCGAUCGCAACAAGGAUGGGUGAGCAAGCCUUGUACAAGCACUCGGGGGGCGCCAGAGGAGGAUUCGUCCGCAAGCUGAUCUAUGUGGACUCGCUUUGUCGGGUGGCAGUUUCCUCGGCGUCUUUUACAAAUGUGCACGGAUAGGUGAGCACACGUCCUUGCGGCUCUAUCGUGCUCAACAUGGCCACUGAGCUUGGUUUCUGUGCUCUCCGUAGGGGAACGACUGAGUCCAUACGUGGCAUUGGCGUUGACGGUCGUCGCGUUCCAGAUACUACUACAGUGA